CUGGCGGCGUAUCCAGGUCCCCUGCUGGGAAGAUGCACCAACCUCUACGCCGCGUAUCAUGCGUGGAGGGGGACCCUUCACAUUGAUAUGUAUCGAUGCCAUCAGAAAUAUGGUCCCAUCGUUAGAUACUCGCCGUCCCGUUUGCUAAUCAACAGCAGCACAGCUGCUAGAGAAAUCAGCUCUCACGGGGCAAAUGUCAUCAAGUCCAAGGCAUACCAGGCACUCGUCCACAGCGCCCCCAAUACACUUACUAUUCGCAACAGAGAGGAUCAUGCCCGAAGACGGCGCAUCUUGAGCCUCGCCUUCUCAGAUGCGCAGCUGCGCGCCUACGAAGCUAUUCUGUUACGCCACAUCGACACACUCUGUUUGAACCUCACCGACAAUGCUCGGUCACAGGCAUCUGCUUCGGGUUCUGAGGCCCUGGACAUGGCGCAUCAGUUUGACUACUUCACAUUCGAUGUCAUGUCGGAGGUCAUCUUCGGCAUGAAGUACAACGCUUUGAGAGAGCCCAAAUAUCGAUUCGUCAUGAAAGCGCUUGAGGAGUCAAAUGUCCGCAUCAGCGCCCUGGUUCAGGCCUCGAGCCUUGCACUCGGCAGAAUCGACAAGUACUUGUUCUCCGGAUCCAUCAAGUCCAGAAACAAAUUCCUUGGGUUUCUCGCCGGCCUGCUGAAGAAUCGAUCCAAGGCGUCUUUUUCCGACAACGGCAAUGUGUUUUCAUACUUGGAGACUGCCAAAGACCCCGAUGGCGAGUCGACACUCAGCAAGUCUGAAAUCCGGGCAGAAUCAGCCACCCUGGUUGUUGCUGGAUCCGACACAUCCUCGACCACCUUGGCAGCGACACUGUUCUACCUGAGCGGCAAACCCAAGGCGUACGCCAAACUUUGCCACGAGAUCAGGUCAACCUUUGAAAGCGACGAUGAUAUUCGUCUCGGCGCCAAGCUCACGUCGUGCACCUACCUUAGAGCAUGCAUUGACGAGGCACUUCGCAUGUCACCUCCAGUUGGGGGUGCUUUGUGGCGAGAGAUUCGUCCUGGAGGAAUGACCAUCGGAUCUCUUGUACUUCCGGAAGGAAUCGAUGUCGGCACUGGAAUCUACAGUCUUCAUCACCAUGAAGAUUAUUUCGAGUCACCCUUCAACUACAAGCCUGAAAGAUGGCUGGUCGGGGAAGAUGGAUCGACCAAAGAGUCGGUAGAGAUGCCGGGGGACAGAUGCUGGCCUUCGGACAAAGAGUGGGGCCGGUUCAACAGCUCCAUCUCCGGGCAGCUCGUCCGGACGACUCCACCAGCCGCUCCGUGUUAUGCCGGACCGAGCCGGGAUGCAUCCGCUUGCGAAGCCGUGACCCAAGGUUGGACAACGUCGAGUUUCCAGGCAUCGCAACCCAUCGGCUACGACUACCCACUCAACACGUCUUGCCCAUUGACUCAGUCUACUGCCAACGCUCCGUCGGCGAAUUGCAGCAUCGGGAACUCACCGGUUUAUGCUGUCAACGUCACCGAUGAGGAGGAUAUAUCGAAAGCAAUUCAAUUCGCCAGCAAAAACAACAUUCGCGUCGUGAUCAAAUCAACUGGCCAUGAUUUCCUUCAGAGGUCGACCGGCUAUGGUAGUUUAUCAAUCUGGUUACAGAACUACCGGCGAGGAUUCAACUUCCACGACGACUUCCAAGUUGUCAACGAGUGUCCCAAGUCAGACUGGAAGGGCAGUGCACUGACAAUAACUGGUGCAUAUUCAUGGUCUGAAAUCUAUCCUACGGCAUUUGAGAAGAACCUCAUUGCUGUUGGAGGAAAUAACCGGGGUCCCUGCAGCACGGGUGGAUGGACGCAAGGAGGCGGCCACAGUCCCGUCACUCGAUACUAUGGGCUCGGGGCUGACCAGGUGUUGUCUGCCAAGGUCGUCUUAGCUUCUGGAGAACUGGUCACGGCAAGUCCUUGCAAUAACACCGAUCUCUUCUAUGCUAUUCGGGGCGGCGGUGGUGGUACAUACGGAGUCGUCACCCAGAUGACGGUCAAGACUUACCCGACGAAGAACAUCGACGUGAUCGACGUCGUCAUUGGCAUAGGGUCGACGAACGCGAAUACCUCGUCCCGGUUCCUCGAUGCCAUGACCGAUAUCUACUCGGCGUACCCUUAUCUGUCCGAGGUCGGCUUCGCUGGAUAUGGUGCCUGGGCCAUGAACAGCCCAGUUCCUGUGGGCGGCAACUUCACCACCAUCUUUACCCAGUCUUUCACUACGCUGGGAAACGAUGCAGCUGAGACGACACGGCUGUUCAAGCCUCUUGCCGAUAAGCUUAUGCCUCUCAAAGACGCGGGGUUUACCGUGUCGAUCACGCAAAAGGCGUUCACCGACUACGGCUCAUACUACGGAAACAAGACGGGUACCGACGCGACCGUAGGCACUGUCUCUGCUCUCGCGUCUAGACUGUUGGGGAAGUCAGCUUUGGAAGGCGACCGAGCACACCUUCGCAAGGCGAUGGAAACUAUGGCCGGAACCAAUGGCAGUGCGGUAUUUCACACUAUUGUUCACCACGGCCUCGAAACAGCGCCGGAAACGAGAGACACAUCAGCAGCUGUACAGCCGGGCUGGUACGACGCCGUGAUUCUCGACAUCUUUGAGAGACCAGUUCUCAAUGAGGCCCGCUAUGUGGACCGCUCGCCGUUCACGGUUCUGAUCGUUAUGUGCAGCCUGGGUGUCCAGUUGGUGGAGGGUAUUGAGGCGUGUCUCGGAAACUUCUUGCUUCUUUGCGCGGCGUACGUUGUCGGGAAAGUUCUGUAUCAAAUCGUUUACUACAGAUUCUUCCAUCCGCUGGCGAAGUUCCCUGGUCCAUUUUGGGGCUCCGUUACCAGACUUUGGAUCACAUAUCACAACAUCAAGCAGGAUGAGUGCCAGGUGAACCAGGCCCUACACAGGAAAUAUGGCCCGGUCAUCCGUAUCACACCAACCAUGUUGCUGGUGAGCGAUGCAACGAAGUUGCCAGAUAUCUACCACCGCAACGCCAACAAGUCUCAGCACUACAUCACCGGAUCCUUUGGCAGCACGGAGUCCCUGUUCAACAUGCAAGAUCACGUUGUUCAUGCUCGUUUCCGGAAGAUAGCUGCAGCGCCCUAUGCUUUCUCUAAUAUCCGCAAAAUGGAACCUCUUCUUGAUCUCCAUAUCGAGCGAUGGAUCCAGAGACUUGACAGCAAUUUUGCAUCAACCGGGAAGCGAUUUGACUUUGCGCCGUGGGCGGUUUAUCUCGUGUACGACAUCGUUUCUGACGUUGGAUUCGGGCAGCCUUUUGGUUUCAUCGAGCAGGAGAAGGAUGUCGAAGGUCUCAUCCAAGGUUUCCAUGAUGGACUUGUACCAUUUGGCAUCAUGGCCAGAUGCUGGCCUUUCACUAAUUGGAUGAAGAGCACCUUCCUUGGGAAGUACAUGGUAGCAUCGCCAGAGCAGGAUUCGGGCAUUGGCACAUUGAUGCGAUUCCGAGACCGUCUCAUUGCACAGAGAUUUGAGGAUAUCGAAAAGGGAAACACUAAUGGCCGUAUCGACUUGCUUCAAACAUUCAUCGAAGCCCGUGAUGAAAAAGGGGAACCCCUAGAUCUGGACUACAUCAAGGCUGAAAUUCUGCUUGUCCUUCUUGCCGGCGCUGACACGACCGGGACGGCAUUCCAAGCCUUCAUGAUGUAUAUCGUGACAACCCCCGGCGUGUAUGAGCGGCUCAUGGGAGAGAUCGAUCGUCAAACUCGAGUCGGCAAUCUCUCAAACAUUGCUCAAUACGCCGAGGUGCAGCAGUAUUGCCCCUACUACACGGCUUGUAUCCGGGAGACUAUGCGACUGACUCCCUCUGCACCCAACAUCUUCCCUCGAAUUGCCCGAAAAGGCGGCCUAGAGCUGUUUGGAAAGCAUGUUCCUGAGGGCACUGAGGUGACUUGCAAUCCUUGGCUUGUCCACCGGGAUGAAGCCAUAUUCGGACCAGAUGCCGAGGUUUUCAGACCGGAGCGAUGGUUGGAGAGCGAGGAAAAGACGAAAGAGAUGCUUAAGUACAACAUGGGAUUUGGCUAUGGAGCGAGAGUAUGCCUGGGUCGCGAUCUUGCUAUGAUGGAGCUGUCAAAGGGUCCUCUUCAAUUCCUCAGAACGUUCAAACCGGAGGUUCUUAACAAGGAUCAGCCAGGCAAAUAUGUAAUCAAGGGUGGUGUAAGUUUCUUUGAGGACAUGUGGAUGACAGUUGGGCAACGACCAAAGGUAAUUUGA